AUGGAAAAACAUUUGUCUUCGGCAGAUCAAGAACUUUCUUUUAAAAAUAAAAAAAUAAAAACCGUUGAUACAAAUGAAAAAACUUCUUUAACAAUUAUCGACAACACCGAUAAUGAUCCACCAAUUCUUAUCAAUUCUGAUUAUAUCAAUUCACAAUUUAUCAAAAAAUUUCAUCAAACAUAUCAAAAUAAGCAAGAGUUUAACGAUCCUGCUACUUUAGCAAAAACUUAUACUUCACCUUUCCCUAUAACUUUGCUACCAAACAUAUUUUCUUCGGAUUUUCUAAAAUCAAUAAGAUCAGAAUUAGAAGCUGAUACAUUUUAUCAUAAAUCAAAUGACUUGUAUGAAUUUUAUCAAAGCGAGGAUUUGAAAUUAACAAAGUCACCAAAUUUAAUAAAGCUUCGUGAAACAAUCUAUUCGGAUCUAUUUGUUAAAACAAUUUCAGAAUUAACAGGUGUGGUGGAUUUGGAUUCUACACCAGAUUUAUCAGCUCAUCAAUACAUUCAAGGGAAUUAUUUGUUAUGUCACGAUGAUGAUAUUAAAGAUGAUGAUAACAUGCAUGGCAGAAGGAUUGCCUUUAUUAUUUAUUUAGUUGAUGAGGAUUGGUGUGAAGAUGAUGGUGGAAAAUUGGAUUUGUUUAACAUAGACAAUCUUGGACAACCAAAUCAAAUAAUACGAUCGAUAAUUCCGUCAUGGAACACCAUGGUCUUUUUUGAAUUGAGUCCAACUUCUUAUCAUCAAGUUUCUGAAGUUUUGACUAAUUCGAAAAUCCGAUUUUCAAUUUCUGGUUGGUUUCAUGGACCUUUAAACACUCGAUUAUCAAUAGCAAAAUUCAUUCCACCAAUUCCAAAAGUUUACAACAUCAAUGAACUCGUUAAUCCUGCUUAUCUUACUAAAGAAGGUACAAAAAAUAUUUUAAAGGCGUUGAGAAAUGAAGCAUCUAUCGAACUUCAUCAAUUCUUACAACAAGAUGUCUACAACAAAUUAGUUAAGAGUCUUGACAAAGAUGCCGAAUGGAAUGAUGAUCCUGUUGGACCACCUUUUAUUCGUAAAUAUCACUUGAUCAAAAGGCCAACAAUAGAUGAAGAAGACAGUGAGGAUGCCGAUACCCCCUAUUACAUGCACAUUUAUAAAUUCUUUCUUUCUGACACUUUUAAAUCUUUUAUUUCAGAAAUAUCAUGUUUUAAUACACUUGCCAUAUCUUCUGAAAUAAGGAGAUUUCAAUGUGGUGAUUACACUUUAAUACAUGAUCAUGCAAUGGAUAAACAAGGUCUGGAUGUAAUACUUUCAUGUAUUGUUCAUGAAUGGAAUAUAAAUUGGCAAGGUGGAACUCAUUAUGUGUCACAGGAAGAAGAAUUAUUGACUAUAUCUCCGAAACCCAAUACUUUAAGUAUCGUGGUUAGAGAUGCUAGCUAA